CUGCAGCAGAAGAGGCACGGAUACUGAAUGUGAGUCAGUUUGCAAAGCACUCACUGCUUUUGUUUGUAGCGUGAUUAUAAAGAAAAACAACAAGAAGCAGUAAAAACCUGACGGCACCCUUAGAAUGGUCUGGUCCACCUGGAGAGACUGUCAGAGCUGAUUAAAAGAUGGACUAUGCUGAUGCUUCGCCAAAAGCACUCAAAGACACUCAUGGAACAGAAAAUGUGGGCCUUUUUGCUGCUCACUCUCGUCAUUGUUGGUGCAUCGAACGCAAGCAAUGAAACAUCGACUGAAGAGAAGCUUGUUAUAGCCAGAGGUAAACUCCUGGCUCCCAGUGUGGUCGGAUGAGGUAUAAAGAAAAUGCCUGAGCUCCAUCAUUUUCUCAUGGAGCGUUGGGCUUUGUACCACAACUUGGAGUAUGAUUCAUCGGAGGAGAAGGAUCCUCGUCUGAUAUUCUAUAACGAAAAGGACGAGGUAGUAAAGACGGUUUCCGUGAAGAAAAUGAAGGCAGACGAGAUCAGCAGCCUGUUAGACUCACUUGGUUUCUUCAAGAGGUCCCAGAAAGGGGAAGAGGUGCCAAAGGAGUUUCAGCAUUUCCCCCUGCCUGCCCCCAGGGACGAGCUGUGACGACACCUUGUGGCCGAACUCUGCCGCUGCACCGGCGCUCGCAUUAAUGACGAAUGGGGCCCAAAGGCCAAAAGGAUGAGCCAGGCACCAUUCUGAGGAGUGGCUGGCCCUGGUGCGGCGUGCAGGGUUUAUGUCUGUGGUGUGUCACUGUGUGAAAGCUGAUGUUUAGAUAAAAGACGGGAAAUCUAACAAUAAAUGUGUCAGGGGACUCAGUAC